GGGGGAAGAGAACCCCCAAAUUGUGGUGGGGGGGGAAGAGUAGGCCCCGGACCUGAAGGACCCCCGACCCCGACGGUGGGGAGGGGGAGAGAGGGCGCGAAGAGCCGCCCGGUAGCCUCAGCGGAGACUCGCUCAGCCGGAGCCGGGGAGGAGGUGAGUGAGUUAUGGAGGAGUGCAAGUUAAAGACUGUUGCUUCGGCAAAGAAACUAGUCCAAGCUCGAUUACCAUUUAAACGCCUCAACCCUGUACCAAAGCCACAAAAUGAGACUACUGAUGCUAAGCGAGCAAAAUUGUCCCCCACUUCACCUGCACAACUGACUGCAGUCAAGCUGGUAGCCUCUGUAGAUGAUGUUGAAAAUGACUGCGAAGUAGACGUGGAAGAUGAAUCCAGAAAAUCUUCACCAGAAGGGAGUUUGGUGUCCUCAAAACUUGUUAUGGGGAAAGGACCUCUUGAUAAUUAUGUGUGCUCUGUGCAGAAGAGCAAGUCUGCAGUUAAAAUGGACAACAAUGAGUGUAAAAUUACAAUUGACUUAACAGAAGAAUCUAGCAAUGGUGUCUCGGACAGUGCAGUUGACCUAGAUUUGAAAACGACUUCUGCUAAAGGUCUGAACACAAAGAAAAAAAUUUACUUAGAAAAUAAAUGUAACUGGUUGGUUAGUGUGAAGACUGAUGUAACUGAAGGAGCAAGCUCUUCUGAAUUUGUAAAUCACCAAAGUUCAUCAAUUGAGAUGACCAGCAGGCAUGCUAAAGCCAAGCCAGAACAAGACCAUGAGGAUAUUUUAAAGGGCAGAGUACCAGUAGUGGUGUUAAAAGAUAUAAUGGCAGACAAAUCCUACUGGUCUGGUAGUCCAGAGAAAUGCAUUGAAAAAGAACAAACGUCCUUUACUGAAAGUGAAAGCAGUGACUCCCCCGUCAGUUCUCUAUCAAGUUCUAUUUCAGCAUCGGAGAGCUCACCAGAAGUGAAGUCUCCAGAAGUGACGUCUCCAGAAGAUGAGAAGUGUUCGGACUCUCCUACUUCCACUACUCCUAGACGCAAGAUAUCAGAGGGGCCAAGGAUGAAAGGGGAGAGAUUCCAGAAGCAACAGGAACGCGAUGAAAAGAAGCAAAAACUCCAAAUGGAAAAGCAAGAGAAAGGACGUGCAAGAGAUGAGGCCAGGAUUGCCAAAGAGCGUGCAAAGGAAGAAGCAAAGAAAAAAAGAGAUGAGGAGAAAGAACAGAAGGACAAGGAGAGGAGAGAGAAAAAGGAGAAAGAAGAAAAAGAGAAAGCAGAAAGGCUAAGAAUAAAGGAGGAAAAACGAAAGGAGAAGCAAGAUGCAAUGGAAGCCAAGCUUGAAGAAAAAAGAAAGAAGGAAGAAGAGAAACGUUUGAAAGAAGAGGAAAAGCGUAUGAAGGCAGAAAAAGUAAAGGAGAGCUCAGAGAUAUCGAGGUUCUUCCAAAAACCAAAAGCUCCUCAGGCCCCUAAGACUCUUGCUGGAUCCUGUGGGAAGUUUGCUCCUUUUGAAAUCAAAGAACAUAUGGUCCUUGCUCCAACAAGCCGAAUAUGCUUGGAUCCAAAGUCUCUUGAACAAUUUGAUGAACGGUUGGAAGAUCAGAGUUUUACCUCCAAUUAUUUAAAAGAAUUACAUGGCUAUAAACCCAGAACUUCAGGGCCUACAUGUCCCCGAUUGAGUGUUGCUGAAAGCAUUGCAUGCAGUGAUGUAAUUGUUGUAGAAACCAGUACAAGUGAUGGAAAUGUUGAUCGGAAGAAGUUUGGCAGGAUGAAGCUGCUACAGUUCCAUGAAAAUCACCGUCCUGCUUACUGGGGGACAUGGCAGAAAAACAGUGUGAAGGUGAACCCAAGACAUCCUUUAGCCAAAGAUGAGGUUUUACUGGAUUAUGAAGUGGACAGUGAUGAUGAGUGGGAGGAAGAGGAACCUGGUGAAUCUCUCUCACACAGUGAAGGGGAUGAUGAUGAUGAGGGAGAUGAUGAAGAUGAUGACGAUGGGUUCUUUGUGCCUCAUGGCUAUCUGUCAGAAGGAGAACGGUCGACUGAUGAAGAGGGUGAAAACCCUGAGAAACAGAAAAUCCGUCAGAGGCUCAAGGCAAAGGAGUGGGAUGAGCUGAUGAAAGGCAAGAAAUUCCAGGUGCUGCAGCCUCUCCUGAUUGGAUGUGUGUGGGUGAACGACAGUGACGAGGUGGACAAUCCUGCCCUGAAGAUAUUGCAGCAGUUUUCCGUCUGUGUGUUGAAAUCUCGCAUUGAGGAUGAGCAGCAGCAGGAAAUGCACAACAGGAAAGCAAGGGAUCAUCAAAUAUUAAUACAGCUGCUUCCUCUUCUUCAUGGUAAUGUCAAUGGAAGAAAGGCCAUAAUCAAUGAAUUUCAGGAAUGGUAUAGACAGAAAUUAUCAGACACCUUGACAGUCUCCGCUUCAAACACAAGUCCAAUAAACUCGGAAGCCUCACGACCUCAGACUCCCACAGUGGAUGGAGACUUGACCGUUCCAUCAAAGGCAAAAUUAAAACGUCUCAUUUCAGAAAAUGGAGUGUAUGAGAAGAGAACGGUCUUCAAGUCACGAUGCUGGUAUGUGCAUGAAGAAGUGCUGAAAAGGUUUGGAAGGGAAAACCUCCCUGUUCCCACUCAGUGGAAUUACCUCACACCAUUGCAUUCUGUAAUCAAGGAGGAUGGCGCUGCAGCAGUGGGAGGUGCACAGACUAACCCCAACUCUGGGAAGAUCACAUCACAGUGCUUAACAGGUUCAGCCAAGAGGAAGGCCGCUGGAAGCAUGUCCAUCAAGAAGUUCAUGCAUAAAUAUGUAGAUGCUGAAGCAUAUCAGGUUGCUGUGAUGGAGACCGAUGGCUUUCAGGCAGAUACAGAGGAGGAUGAUGACACAGACUGUGUAAUUGUUGAAGUACAUACAAACCAGUCGGUUCCAAACAAAAACGAAAAAGAGAAGCUACCCGGAGGAUUGUGCCAGGUAUCCGCCAGAGGUCCGCAGACACUUGUGGAGUCGUGCUCAGCAUCCAUCACUGGUGAGCAAAAGCCUGCGGACUUGUGCUUGGAAUCUGACGGUGGUGAACAGAGGUGUGCAGAGUUGUGCUCAGAAUCUGCUGAUGGUGAGCAGAGCUCUCCCAGCGGUGAGCAUUUCCCUGUGGAGUCCAGCACGGAAUCAGCCAGGAGUGAGCAGCAGCCUUUGGAAUCUUCCAUCGUUGAGAUGAUGGACGUUUUUCCCUGUGAAAAUUCUGCUGUCGGCCCGUCCUCCAGUCCCUGAAUUACUGAUAUUCUAGUAGCUGUAUGUAUGUAGAGGGGUAUUUUUUAGAAAUUUCUUAAAAGCAUUUUUGUGCAUUGCUUUGUAAACUUCGAUUUUAAAUACUUGAAGUUCUGAAUUCAUUGUAAAAAAAAACUAAAUAAAACGGCACUUUUGUGACAAAAUGCGAACAAUUGUAACUUGAUAACUUUAAGAUGCUGGUUGAUUUUUGCUGAUACGUAAGAAUGUAAAAUAUUAAACUCAUUUGUCAUUAAUAAACACUCACUGCAAUAUAA